AUGGAGCAAAUUCGUGAGCAAACAUUGCACCAGCUUCCUUCACAUUUCCUUUCAUGCGCUGGAAAGAGUUUUAAAGAUAAUUUCGAUUUAUCUUCUGAAAUGGACUUUGAACAUGCGUACGCAAUGUACAAUACGUUACAGCACAAAAAUGCGAAAGCUGCCGUGGAACAAUUGAAAAAAGUGCAAAUGUUGAAUGAACAAUAUAAGACAGUGCUACUGCAAACACAGACUCUAAGCACUAGUUUUCCAGGAAACCAGGAGUAUCGGUUUUUCAAUAUCAACAAUACUCCAUCCGCUGCCACUGCACCACCAAGUCAUAGCCAGUAUUGCGAUAUUAACGUUCCGUCUCAAGACUAUCAACAAAAUCCAUCAAAUGAAUUGAGAAAGGAAGAGAAUCAGAAGGUUGACAUGUUACAUACUGUUGAUGCUCAAUUUUUUGAUCCUUCUAAUGAGUUUAGCAACAUAUUACAGAAAGAAGGUAGAUUAGAAGAUGAGCCAAGUGAUGUUGAAAAUGAAUUUGAUAAAUUUUUCUCUAAUACAGAGUCUGAUGCCUUGGACAAGUUUUUGGAUAAUUUGGCAAAUCCGAAUACAACAGAUCCAUUAAAAUUUUAUAAUAUUUAUGAUCAUCAUAAUGAAGCGACUUCGAAACCUAUCAAUACCACAAAUGAGGUACUUAGCUUGUAUGAUAAAAAACACAAAUCCUUGAGUACUAAGGAUCAGCAUAAAAUUAAUGAAAAUAUGAAGGAUGAAUUAGCAGAGGCAUUCGGCCAACCACUUUCGAGGGACUUUAGUGGAUCUGAAACUGCAUCACCAAGGCAGAAUCAAUUGCCCACACCAGUGGACAGCAGGCAGUCUUCUCUGUGUGCCCUGGGCGAUGAAGAUAUCACGUAUGGAAAAAGAGGACUUGAUGAUAAUGGGAUAUCUUCACCUUCCCCGAAGAAACGUAAGAGAUUAUCUCAUAAACCCUUGCUUUCUUUGGAGCAAAAAAGAUUAAAUCACUCUCACUCAGAGCAAAAAAGGAGGCAAUUGUGCAAGAUGGCAUAUGAUAGGUGUUUAAGACUUAUAGUGAACGUUGAAGAAUACAACAAAGAAGUUAACAAUAACAAAAAGUCUAAAAGAGCGAAAUUUAAAAAAUACGGCUUGCCAAACUUAUCAAAGCAUACUGCUUUAGUUAAAAUAAGUCAUGAAAUUACGAGAAUAAAAUGCAAGAAUGAGGAAUUAUUAAGGCUACUUAAUGAGAAGCUGUAA